GAUACGAGGACGCUGCCUGAUUCCGAGCCCUUAAGGGCAUGAGUCAUGUGGCCCAUACUACCUUAUCAUCACAUCCACUCUAUGCCCCUCUUCUCUUCCAGACAAUUCCCAAGGAACGAUAAUAAGAAUUCAUCCCUCUCGAUCAGGAAAACCACAAUGGUAAUACUCAAACAGUGCCCAACCCAACCCCGGGUGUUAUCAGUAACGACCUCAUCAUCCCACAACUUCUCCAAAAACGCCGUCUCCUCCAUCAAUCUCAUCUCCGGGUAUGGCAUCGAAGGCGACUGCCACGCGGGCACAACCGUCCAGCACCGCUCUCGCCUACAUAUAAAACCGCCCCCAGCAAACCUCCGACAAGUACACCUCAUCCCGACAGAAAUACUGACUCAGGUCAGUUCUACGAUGUCAUCUGACAUGAAGAACCGGCUGAUGGCACCCGGUGCUCUGGGCCAAAAUAUAACUACAGAGGGAAUCGAUUUGUUAGGACUGGGAGUUGGGACCGAGCUGCAUUUUGUGGACGAUAACUCGGGCGGUGAGGAUGAAGCAGUUCUUGUUGUUACCGGGCUUCGGAAUCCGUGUCCUCAAAUUGAUAAGUUUCAGGCUGGAUUAAAGGAGCGGUUCUUGGUCCGGGAUGGGAAUCGUCGGAUUGUUGGGCGAUUGGCGGGGGUUAUGGCUACGGUGAAGCAAGGGGGGAUUAUCAAGCCUGGGAUGAGGGCUGUUGUUUUUGAGCCUGAGCGAUUUGUUGCGUUGGAAGCUGUGUGACUGUUCUUUGAUGAUGUUUUACUGUGGCGUAGACUUGUGCUUGGGAGAGGAUAACUUACUUACUAUGCUGGUUCCGUCUGAUCUGUUUGUGUUUGCGUUUGCGCGGCUGAUGGCAUCAUCGUUUUCUACAAAGAUAUCAAACUCGAUUAUAUGCUACUCAUUAUCAAUCAAUGUGCAUACUGUGGCAUAUCUGAAGUUUUUCAAAAUGUUUCCUACAAGCGACUAUCCAAGAGAACAAAUAAAUAUAAAAGAAGAUUAUCUCCUUGAUAAGAAUUCCACAUAGCCGGGAUCCCGCAUGCCGAGCAGCCGCUAAUGCAAC